AUGCGGUGCCGCGGCCGCUGUUUCUCCAUCCACGAUGCCUACUAUGGCAAGACGGUCAUCCACGACACUCCCAGCUCGCAUGGCAUAACCUACGGCUCACCGCAACCCCUUUGCGGCGAGUGCGCCGUCCUCUUCUUCGACAAGGCAGAUUUCGCCAUCUGGGUUAAGCAAUACGACGUCCCUGCCGUCAUGUCGAAUGCCGAACAGAGGGUCAGCGAGGCGACGGCCAAGGUCCACGAUUUCCUCGUAGGAACCGAAGAGCACUUGCUUCCCUCGGACGAAAUCUCUUGGGACAUAGCCACGGAGAUUCCCAACGAGGACGAUACUUAUCUAUCGGUGGGCUUGACGCUGAUACCUCACACGCGGAUCUCAAAGCUGUUCCUGCUGGAGUAUCGCACCUUCCAGGGCGCGUGGGCUUACCAACCCUGCUCAGGAGACAGGGAUAUCGUCGCUUUGUUCGCGCGUCUGCGACGGCUGGAUGGCUGCGCCGACCCCGUCUUCCAAGAAGCAAGGGAGUGGUCCUGUGUCACGCAAGCGCACGAGGGACUUCCAAAGGAGCUGAGAUAG